AUGCAUGGGAAGCAUGAUCGUCUACCGGGACCUCAUCAGCCAUGGUCAGUAGGACAGACAGAGGGUAACAUUGAUGACUCGCUCAUUGGUGGAAAUGCAUCUUCUGAAGGCCCGGAGGGCGAAGGUCCCGAAAGUACAGUAAUCACUGGUGUUGAUACUGUCAUGAACCAUCAGUUGCAGGAAACCAGCUUCACAAAAGAAGCCUACAAGAAGUACAUCAAAGAUUACAUGAAAUCAAUCAAAGGCAAACUUGAAGAACAGAGGCCAGAAAGAGUGAAACCUUUUAUGACAGGGGCUGCAGAGCAAAUCAAUCACAUCCUUGCUAAUUUCAAAAACUACCAGUUCUUUAUUGGUGAAAACAUGAAUCCAUAUGGCGUGGUUGCUCUGCUGGACUCCCAUGAGGAUGGUGUGAACCCAUAUAUGAUUUUCUUUACAGACGGUUUAGAAAUGGAGAAAUGUUAA